GGAUACAAUUAAUUUUGUGGCUAACUAGUUUGCAUUAGAUCCUUUUGGGGUGUCUUCCCAGCUAUAGUCUAGAAGAAUUUUAUUCAAAUCUAAAUUAAAUAUGCUUCGUCGUGUCGUGGCACGCACAAUACCAUCGGCCACCGUUCCGUUAGUAUCUAGCUUACGAAGCUACAAUUUGUUCCUUUUUAAAAACCCCGAACGGAGACCCCAACUUACCCCUGAAGAAGCUGCCAAGGUGAAGAUUAACUACGCGGAAUGGCCACAAGAGUUUCGCGAUUACGAUCCGGAUGAUCCGUACAAGAACUCACCAGAAAUUAUCGAGGGACUCUCCAGUUGGCAGCUCUUUCUUUGGGGAGCGGAGGUUUCCUUUAUUUAUCAAUUCUACGAAUGCAUAUACCCGAAGAGUAUUUAAUGCAAUCGUGGUGUUUAUCUGACGAAUCAGACCUUUGAGAAGUAUAACCCACCUUUACGCGCUUGGGUUGGUCAAUGUCAUUAAUGAAGCAUGGUUUCUUUUUUGCAUUUGUAUCUUAAAUUUAUAGGAAUAUACUAGUAUGGCUCCAAUUUAGAGGAGUAUAAGCUGAGAUUAUUGUGUAAGAUAACAAUAGUAUGAUUAUUGUUCGUGAAAAACGUUCGCUGAUGCUAUCGAAAACAACAUAGCCAAAUUCAGAAAGCACUGUAGUAAA